CAUAUUUGACAGUAGUGAAUGAAUAUUGUAUGCUCAGUAAUAUGACAGCAAAACGCUUGAAUCGUUGUACACAUUUCAUGAAGGCUAACUUUUAUACGUUCUAAUGACAACAAAUAGUCGGUAGUCAUUGAGUGUUGUUGAUUUUUUCCCCAAAUAGACUGAACACAAUGAGUUUUAAUUUUGGUAAUACGAGUGCGAUUGGGACGAGUACGCCAGCAAAGCCCACUUUCGGGAACUUUUCGUUCAACACACCAGCCGCCACAUCGGCACCGCCAGCUUUUGGAACACCAGCCGUAUCUCAAGCGCCCGGUUUUGGAGCAGCACCAGCCUUCGGACAACAGUCAUACGGAGCAACAGGCUUUGGCGCAACAGCAACAUCAGGUCCAGCUCCCGCGUUCGGUGGAUUCAAUACAACAACCACAGCAGCAUCAGCUGGAUUGGGUGGCACGAAUUUCACUGGAUUUGGCGCAGCCGCUCCAACCACAUCUGCUCAAUCCGCAUUUGGAGGUUUCGGCAGUACACUUGGUACACAACUCGGUGGCGGAUUCGGUGCAACGUCUGCUGCACCCCCAUCGUUUUCAUUUAAUACACCAUCGUUUGGAGCACCCGCCUCACAACCAUCAUCUGCUUUUGGUGGUUUCGGUUCAACGUUUGGUAAGCCAACCCUUGGUGCUGGUAUUGGUGGCGGUGGUUUCGGAACAUUUGGUCAACCGUCAGGACUGCCAACAAUGGGCCAAUAUCCAACAUUAGGACAACCGCAGCCCACGCUGAAUCCAGACGAACAGUUCGCCGAAUCAAUUUACAAUGUGUCGAUAUUUGGUGACGAGCGUGACAUAGUGAUUGCAAAAUGGAACUACUUACAGGCAAUGUGGGGCAAUGGGAGGGCAUUCUAUGCCAAAAAUCUACCACCCGUCGAAAUCACACCACAAAACUUUUUGUGCCGUUUCAAAGCGAUUGGCUACAACAAAAUUCCGGGUAAAGAUAACAAAAUGGGCUUGAUGUCGUUGAUAGUGAAAAAAUCGGAAAAUGUUAUGCGUACUCAACAGGAAGCGUUCAAAACGCAAUUGCAUCAAAUCUUCGGCAACAAACCGACGAUCACUGUCAAUGUGGAUAGUAUUGAACCGUUAUCCGAUACCAAAUGUCAAGUGGUGAUUUAUGUGCAGGAAAAAUCACAAAUUUCCAAUGAAAUUAAGCGCAUCUCAUCGACUGAAGUGAAUAAUUUUUUAAAUCAACCGAUGACAAAGAAUCAGCUCGCAAAUACCGGUGUCGAAGAUGUGGUGGCCCUUAUUUCACCCGAUGAAGAUCAACUCAAAGAGUAUCUCGAUAAACCGCCCAAAGGAAUCGAUCCACGCAUGUGGAAUCAAGCCAAACAAGACAAUCCUGAUCCAAAGGUCUUCAUACCAGUGCCGAUAAUUGGCUUUGCCGAACUCAAACGACGCAUCAAAUGCCAGGAAAAAGAAACCGAAAUGCAUUCAUUAUACAUAGCCAAGGUUCGCAAGGAUCUGGAAGAGAUGAAACAAAAACACAUCGAUGCUAUGGCAAAAAUAUUAGCACACAAACGCAAAUUGGCCGAUUUAAGCCAUAAUAUUUUGGAUAUUAUUGUAAAACAAGAGAUUACGCGAAAGGUUGGCGUGGCGUUGUCACCGGAAGAAGAGAAACUUCGCAGUAAAUUAGAAAAUAUGCAAGCUUUAGUAUCAGCACCAACUCAAUAUAAAGGCCUUUUAAGUGAACUACUGUCACAGAUGCGAAUGCAGCGCAACCAAUGGAAUUUGGCCAAUCCGGUUGAUUAUGCAUUAGAACCAGAUUCGGUUGAGGAAAUGAAGGCGUUUCUAUCGAUGCAACAGAAGGCAAUGUCGUGUCUCAUUGAAACCGUCAACAAAGACAAAGAAACCAUAAAGAAUAUCCAAGAGAAACUCAGCGAAUUAGUCAAUUAACGAGCAAGAAAAAAAAAACAAACAAAUCACGAUCGAUCCAAGUGAAUUUUAUUCCGUUAAAAAACACACAAAUUGUUCAUUGUUUCAUUAAAUUCGUCAGUAUGUUUUCAAUGAUUUCUGAUUGAAAAAAAAAAACAAAUCAACAUUAAAAAAAGAGUUUAAAAAAUUUGAAGUUGAGUUUUUUUUUUAAAUUUAAUCCUUUGAAAAACUUGACUUUGCACCAUUUUCAUCGUUGAUGUUUGUUUGAAGUGAUAAUCGUGGUAGGAUGUUCAUGGUUUGUUUAACAUCAAAAAUCCAGUCGCUCUCCUCUUCUUUGGGUGGUUUUGAAUUGUCGGUUGAUUCAAUUACAUCAUCUUCUUCGGUGAGUGUGUCUUUGAUGUCAUUAGCUUUUGGACCGCCACUGCGCGACACACGCUCCAACAAACCAGUCAAGUGUCUCUUGAAACGAUCAAAAUCAAACGGUGCCACAUCAAGUGUUGGAUCAUCGUCGGUCGCCGCAUUUUUAUUCUUUCGCAAUGGACCCACAUAAUUCAAAAUAUUCAAACCAGCUGCAGUCAUCUCCUCCCAACUCUAUUAAAUUAAAUCACUCCAUUAAAUCACGUUUGUCCGAAAUUCACACAAAAACAAAAACAAA